ACGGGAGUUACACAUUUGCACAGCAUGUUGCAAAAGGGAGGAUUUCCAGCUGGUUUUGUUCACUAGGUUUUGUCCCUGUUUCUGAGCUGAUGAGGUGAGGGACAAUACUUUGCAGAAGCAGGCAGCUUGAUGGGGAGGAGUCGAGAAACAAGAAUGAAUGAUCAGAUGCUGCUGCAGCAUCCAUAGUAAGUGUUAGCUUGCCAUUCUCUGAGGCAGCACUGUAGAUGCGAGUCUUAGCGCUCCUUAUCAGCCUAAACAGAGCUUUGCCUUCCUUCUAUGUUGAUGGAGUAUGCAGUGACCUGGCACCAGUCAGCCAAGAAGCAGGGAAAAGCAUGAAGCAGGGAAAGCAAGUUUCAUCCAGAAAAUGAUCAUGCUAUAGGGUCUUUUACUUAUUUAUUUUGCAGGGGAUGGCAGGCAAUGAAAACAAAACCAAUCAAUUGAGGUAACAGGAUAAUACAGAUAUGGGAAAGUUUGAAUUUCUGGAGACCCCCAACAAGAGAUUAUGUUGCUUGUGUUCUUUGAACCUCUAGGAUGUUUCUUCUCAUUCAUUUGUUCUGAUUCCAGUUUGAUGACCGGCACCCUCUAAACCAUGGCAAUUCUCUGGAACAAUUUGUCUGAAUAAGAUUUAAGAAUCUAUCAUCUCUGAAGAAUGAAUGAAAUCCAGCCUUCCUGUUGGAAUAGCACACCUGUCUUGUUCAACAAAUCUUGGAGUGGAGGGCAUUACUACCAAGUGAUCAGUGCAGCAGAAACAAUCAUCCUUCCCUCUCUAAUUGGGAUUAUCUGCUCAAUGGGAUUAGUUGGCAAUAUCCUCAUUGUGUUCACCAUAGUAAGGUCUAGAAAAAAAAACAUUCCAGAUAUCUAUAUCUGCAAUCUGGCUGUAGCAGAUUUGGUUCAUAUCAUUGGCAUGCCCUUUCUCAUUCAUCAGUGGGCCCGCGGAGGAGAGUGGGUGUUUGGCAGCCCUCUGUGUACCAUCAUUACAUCCUUAGACACAUGCAACCAGUUUGCAUGCAGCGCUAUUAUGACAGUCAUGAGUUUGGACAGGUACUUGGCUCUUGUCCAACCAUUUCGCCUCACUAGCCUGAGAACAAGAUCAAAGACUAUUCGCGUUAAUUUAUGCCUGUGGGCAGCUUCACUGAUCCUGGUGUUUCCUGUCUGGGUCUACUCAAAAGUAAUCAAAUUCAAAGAUGGCUUGGAGAGUUGUGCUUUCGAUCUAACAUCACCUGAUGAUGUACUUUGGUACACGCUUUAUCUGACUAUCACAACUUUCUUUUUUCCAUUACCACUGAUAUUCAUUUGCUAUAUAUUGAUUUUAUGUUACACGUGGGAGAUGUAUCAGCAAAACAAGAAAGCAGGAUGUUACAAUACCAGUAUCCCAAGACGAAGGGUCAUGAGAUUGACCAAGAUGGUGCUGGUGCUGGUCGGUGUAUUUGUUGUAAGUGCUGCUCCAUACCACGUGAUACAGCUAGUGAAUCUUCAGAUUUCUCAGCCAUCACUGACAUUCUAUGUGAGCUAUUACUUCUCCAUCUGCCUCAGCUACGCCAGCAGCGGCAUUAACCCUUUCCUUUACAUACUACUUAGCGGGAACUUUCGGAAGCGUCUGACUCGGUGCACAAAUGUCAAGCUCAAGAUGACAGAACGUGAAGUUAACAACAUUGAAAACACACUGGGGUCAAGCUUUUAAAAGGAGAGUCUAUUCAGUGAGAGAGAUGUAUUACAUAUGUGAGUAUUUUUAUGGUUAAACUGACUAGGCCUCAUUCCCUUCUCGCUUAUAGUACUGUAACUCAGGAGUGACUUCAUCAUAGUCAAUGGACUUACAUCGGUGUAAAGCUAGGGGGAGAGAAGAAUCAGGCCCACUAUUUGGAUAUUAGGGUAUGUGGUGGAAGGAUGCUGUGCAAAAGUAUUCUUUGUUAUUGUCCAGUUGCUUCCUUAAUGGUGAAUACUACAAGCAUAAAGACCAAAAUGAGCUUCUAAAAAUGUGCAGUUCACUGGCAGUUACCGGACAGAAGGACUGUCUGUGGCUGGUAUGUUCAGACAAGUAUUCAAGAUCUGACAUUGCUAUUAGCGACUAAACCAUCAUGUCCAUGACAUUGUGUGCGAUGUCAUGCAUGUGAUGGGUUACUUACUUAUAACAAGCCAAAAAGUACUAACUGCCAACCGGUCUGAAAGCAGCACUAGCAGCUACUGAUUUUCAACAAUCAUACAGUGGUCUCCCCUUGGGUGCCCACUCCUGCAGCUAUUAACAGACAGGGGAGAGACAAAGCAGAAGGAACUUGGAGAGGAAGGA